CACUGAUUGUAGUUUUAUAUAUACAUGAUACAGUCCCAAAAACUAGGUGCAUUGUUAAUCCUCUCAGAUUAAAAAAAAAUAUACAUAUUCUACUUUUUGAAAUGGAUUUCACAUUUUGGUGCAGAUUAUUAUUCUUCAUGCUACCUACCAUGAAAAUAAUCUCAGCUUAUGCUCAACCCCAAAAAAACAUUACCGUAAAAUCAGUUAUAAUCGCCGGCGACUCGAAUUCUUCCUGGAAAUCGUCAUCCGGAGAAUUCGCUCUGGGUUUCCAGCAAGUCUCGCCACAUGGCUACCUGCUAGCAAUCACGUUUGACCAAUUGUCAGAGAAAACCAUCGUUUGGGCUGCCAAUCGUGAUAAACUAGCCAAACCGGGCUCGUUGGCCCAGAUUUCAGCUGAUGGCGGGUUGGAACUCAUUGGUCCAACUGGAGAACAUAUUUGGGCCUCAAAUAUUACGGGCCCGGGCAGCGUGGCCCGUGGUACCAUGCUUGACAAUGGCAACUUUGUCCUUGAGAGGCAAGACUCGUUUUUCCUGUGGCAGAGUUUCAACGAGCCAACCGACACAUUAUUACCCGGCCAGGUACUCGAUCAAAACGGGAGCUUAUUAGCCAGCUUAUCCGAAACAAAUUCCUCGAAAGGUAGGUUCGAACUCAUACUACAAGAGGACGGCAAUCUUGUUCUCUACACAAUAAAUUACCCAAUGACGGACGCAAUCUUCGCGUAUUGGUCCACACAGACUACUAUCGGCUCUGGGUAUCAAUUAAUCUUCGACCAAUCAGGAUACAUCUACGUGACAGCUAAAAACGGGACAAUGCUCUACAUAAUCUUCUCAAACAAGUUCCCGAACAAGUAUUUUCGGCAGAGGAUGACUCUGGAUCACGACGGAGUCCUGAGGCGCUACGUGUAUCCGAGGUUUGCUAAUCUCACCCGUGGUUGGCCCAUGAAAUGGUCGGUUGAUGAUUUUCAGCCCACCAACAUAUGCCUUCGAGUUGGUGGGACGAGAGGUGGUGGGGUCUGCGGAUAUAACAGCUUGUGCACGUUAGGAAAAUAUGGGAGCCCGAGUUGUAGCUGCCCGGAGAAGGGAUACUCUGCGGUGGACCCCACCGAAAGGAUGGGUGGGUGUAAGCAGGAUUUUGGGGAUGGGAGUUUUGGGUAUGUUGAUGUGGCGAAUGCGGAUUGGCCGGGAUCGGAGUACGAGUGGUAUGGUUCGGUGAGUGAGGAGUGGUGCCGGGAGUCGUGCCUGGCGGACGUUUAUUGUGUGGCUGCGGUUGUUAGGAGUGGGGGUUGUUGGAAGAUGGGGCUUCCUUUAAGGAAUGGGAGGGUUAACGAGAGCAUUGGCGGGAAGUCAUUGCUCAAAGUACGGCUAUAGACUUAUGGGGGUGUUAAACAAGGAGUUUUUUUUACUUUGUGUUUUUUAUGAUGAAUGUAUGAGAUGAGACGUUUUUAUGUUUGUGGCGUUUGAAAUUGUGUUUUAGUUGAUCAGAUUCUGAUGUCCGGUUUUGAUAUGCGAAUUGACUCUAGAUCGGGUUUUAAACGGCAAACAA